UGCCGGGAUGGGCGCAUGGCCACGCCCACUCCCCUUGGCCACGCCCCCCGGGUCACGCGGCGCCUCCGUUGCCUCUUCUUCCUGUCUCCCUGUAGCUGUCGCGGCCGUUACGGGCGGCCCCGCCGCACCAUGGCUGACCAGCAGGACAAAGCCGCGCUGAUCGCCGAGACGAGGCGGCGCUUCGAGGCGGAGUACCUGCCAGAUAAAUCAGAUAAGUAUGAUUCUAGAGAUGUGGAAAGACUUCAGCAAGAUGACAAAUGGGUUGAAAAUUACCUGAUUUGGCGUCAUGACGUUGUGGAUGAUACAUUAAAGAUGAUUGAUGAGAGCUUUCAGUGGAGGAAAGAAUAUACUGUUAAUGACUUGACCGAAUCUGUCCUUCCAAAAUGGUUGUUUGAAAGUGGUGCUCUCUUUCUGCAUGGAUAUGAUAAAGAAGGUUAUAAAUUAUUUUGGUUCAAAGUGAAACUUCAUGUAAGAGAUCAAAAACAGCAACUUGAUAAAAAGAAACUCGUAGCUUUCUGGCUAGAACAUUAUGCCAAGAGAGAUCAUGGAAAGCCCUUAACAGUGGUAUUUGACAUGGCUGAAACUGGAAUCAGUCACAUAGACUUGGACUUUGUUCGUUUUAUUGUCAAUUGUUUUACAGACUAUUAUCCAAACUUCCUCAGUAAGUAUUGCAUGUGAAAUACAAUGUUAGACUUAUAUAACAAAAGCAGUUAAGAAUAUCAUUAGUGAUGGGGGAAGAGUUUAUUUAUUUAUUAAUAUUUUUGCAUACACUUUAUCUCAUUUUUGGAAAUAAAUGAAAGACUUGUCCUUGGAGUUUAGUGUUUGAACCAUAGCAGAAGAUUAGAUUUUUUUUUUCUAGAUAAAGCUGAACUGCAUGGAAUAUAUUUGUGCUUGUAAAAAUCAGCACAACUUUAAAUCUGAAGUUUAUUUACAAUACAUCCAAAAUCAGCUGGCUUUUCGUGAUAUACAAAUAAUUUGUUGUGAAUAUAUUUUUGAACCUAGAAUGGAAUGAACCUUUUUAUCCCUUAGUUCCUUGUUAUUUGGAAAGCUUUGGAAACCUGUUUAACAACUGGUGUCCUUUAAGAACCUUCAGGAAACAAAAGAUCGACUGUAUAAAUUCCUCAGUAGCCAUGGUAUCCUUCCUCAGAACAAGAUUAAGGCAGUUGGAAAAAGUCUCCAUACAUGCCUGCUUAUUUCUUAUGGAUGGGUGGAAACUGAAUCAUUUUUGCAAGCUCAUUUUAAAUCUUAUGUGAAGGUGUCUGUGAAUUUUGAAGCUCUGUAACAGUUACUGAUUAAACUUUGAAAAUUAGAUUUCAAUUUGCUACCGAAAGUUUGAUCUUUAACUGA